AUGUCCCGAAAAGACGUGAAAAUCGCUCCAGGUGCUGUGGUCUGCAGUGAGAGUGAGUUGCAAGGCGACAUCAGUAUUGGCACUCGCACCGUCAUUCACCCCAAGGCACGCAUAAUUGCUGAAUGCGGUCCCAUAAAAAUCGGCGAGUCAAAUUUAAUUGAGGAACGAGUGGAGAUCAUCAACAAUGUGCCCAACUCGGUAAUGAUUGUGGGCGACUUUAACGUCUUCGAGGUGGGCGCCCGAUGUCACAGUCGUGAAGUUGGAGACAGUAACGUCUUCGAGUCCAAAUGCUUUGUGGGUCCGCAGGUCCGCAUUUCCAAUGGCUGCAUCAUUGGCGCCAUGUGCAGUGUCACGGCACCCGGACCCAUUCCCGAAAAUACAGUUAUUUACGGCGAGAAGGUGAAUAUGUUAAUAUAUUUUUAG